GCCACUUUUCCCGCGUCCGCCUGGGCUGCGCAGCGGAGCUCGGUGACAGUUGAAGAUGGCCGGAGCCGAGAGCCCCGCCGGUUGCCAGGCAGAGCUGGAGCCCGUGGUGUCGCUGGUGGACGUGCUGGAGGAGGACGAGGAGCUGGAGAAUGAGGCUUGCGCCGUCUUGGGCGGCAGCGACUCGGAGAAGUGCUCUUACUCGCAGGGCUCAGUGAAGAGACAAGCACUGUAUGCUUGUAGUACCUGCACACCAGAGGGAGAAGAACCGGCAGGAAUUUGUUUGGCUUGCAGCUAUGAAUGCCAUGGAAGUCAUAAACUAUUUGAACUAUACACAAAAAGAAAUUUUCGUUGUGAUUGUGGAAACAGCAAAUUUAAAAAUUUGGAAUGCAAAUUAUUUCCUGACAAAUCAAAGGUAAAUUCUUGCAAUAAGUACAAUGACAACUUUUUUGGAUUAUAUUGCAUUUGUAAGAGACCUUACCCUGAUCCUGAAGAUGAGGUUCCAGAUGAGAUGAUUCAGUGUGUGGUCUGUGAAGACUGGUUCCAUGGCAGGCAUCUCGGUGCCAUUCCGCCUGAGAAUGGGGAUUUCCAAGAGAUGGUGUGCCAGGCCUGUAUGAAGCGCUGUUCUUUCUUGUGGGCUUAUGCUGCCCAGUUGGCAGUCUCCAGGAUACCUGCUGAAGAUGACGGACAGCUGCUGAAUGUUGAUGGGAUGGGUAAUCAAAACCUUGUCAAGCCUGAAAAUGGAGGCCAUGAAGAUAACACCCUGAAAGAAGAUGCUCCAGAACCUGAAAGGAAUGCUGGCAAGGAAGCUAAAGCAGAGCAGAAUAAUGAGCCAUGUGCCAGCUCUAGUUCUCAGUCUGACCUCCAGACCGUGCUUAAGAAUGGAAACACCAAAAGUGAGUCGCAGUCUGGCUGCAGACUUCAGGAGCUCCAAGCCAAGCUGUUUGUAAAGAAGGAUGCUGCCACCUACUGGCCCCUGAACUGGCGGAGCAGGUUGUGCACCUGCCAAGAUUGUAUGAAAAUGUAUAGAGAACUAGACGUGCUGUUCCUGACAGAUGAAUAUGAUACCGUUCUGGCAUAUGAGAACAAAGGCAAGAGUGACCAGGCAGCGGAUAGAAGGGACCCUUUGAUGGACACCCUCAGCAGCAUGAACAGAGUCCAGCAAGUGGAACUCAUCUGUGAAUACAAUGACUUGAAGACUGAGCUUAAAGACUACCUGAAGAGAUUUGCUGAUGAAGGCACGGUUGUUAAGAGAGAAGAUAUUCAGCAGUUCUUUGAAGAAUUUCAAUCAAAAAAGAGGAGGAGAGUGGAUGGGCUGCAGUAUUACUGCAGCUAGAAUGGGGCAACAUGCUUCCUCAUUCCGGUUCACGAAAAUGCCACCAUUCCGGAAUAAAGAGGCCCCUCUCAGACUUGGUCCCCUUUCCGUCCUCCUGUGGCGUCAAGCUCCCUGCUCCUUAACUGUAGCCACAGUGUUCGUUCUGGUCUCUCAAGCGUCCUCUUUGACUCAGCUCAUUCCACAGACUUCAGCUUUUCUGUCCAGGAUACCCAGGAUUUUUUUUUUUUUUUCUUAUGUUUUAAGGAGUUUGAUUUGAUCUUGAGAAAGCAAAUUGGUUUCUUUUUUAGCAAUUUGUUCUAUGACUCCCAAAUGUGUAUCCACAGAGCUACUGCCUUCAGGGUCCUCUGUGUCUUACAGGUUCUCUUCCUGUCAGCCUGAACCUCUGUGUGGGACAAUCCCUGCUGCCCCCGUGAUCACGGUGCCUUGGGUCAAAGCUUCCUCAACCCUGCUCUGUGAGUCCUCUCAUUGCUUGUGAGGUUUGAUUAUGGCUUAAAGAGACUUGGGAACUUUUCUCUGGACCAACCUUCAGAGUAGCCAGGACUGGUGUUGUGGUGGUGUUGAUAUCUACAGGAGGCAGGGAGGUUGACUCGUGGCAGGACUGAGGAAUCAAGCCUUUGUUCUGAAUUUUGCUGAUGAGUUUAAAGUGAAAUUUCUUCACCAUUCUUCUGGUCCUCAGACAUCAGCGUUAGUACUGUAAUGUUCCCCGGGCUUCUGGGGAAUCCACUCAGAUGGGAGUCCCUUUGCUGCUGCCUAAAAAUGACGCCCCCACCCACGACAUGUGGGUGCUUUAGAGUUCUCCGGGUUCUUACAUUAUCAGGGAUAUGCAUACAUAUAUAUGAAAAUGGACCUAUUUUGAUACUGUUGUGUUAGGAAAAAUGUUCUUGGAACCCCAGUAAGUUAUUUUUCCCCUUGAGUCUGUGCUGAAGGCAAAGAUACUGACUGACCCUCGUGGCAGUGAGUGGGGCAGCGACAGGCCUGGAAGAGACUGCAGAUUCCAGACAAAGCUCUCAGCUGCACACACGUUGAGAUUUUGUGUGUAAACAGCAUGCACAGCUACUCCCCUCCUGACUGAAGCCCCUCAUGGAUUGUUGUGUAAAACUCCCAUGUUUGACAGAAGUCUUUUGGAUGGUGUGAACUCUUUUUAAAGCUCCCUCAGUCUAUGUGGAAAACAUCUUUGGUCCACAAAGCCCUAAGUUGCACCCUCUAGAGGGUCAGGGUCUUCCUAGCACACUGUGAGGUACAUUAAAGGCAUUUUAGGUCA